CCAAAAGGCAAGAUUCAACAUGUACCAUCAAUCUGCUGUUUCCAUGUGGUGUAAAAUAGAUGCUGUCCAAAAUUUCUUCUUUGAGGAAGUCCACUUGGCAGAGCAACUGUUCAGACAGGGUUAUAUUGAUGUUGGGGUCUUUCAUCUGGCGACUGCUGUGGUGUUUCACCGUCACCCCUAUCAUUACCUAAGUGAUAUACAACACAGAAUCUAUCCUGAUGUCUUUCAGCGCCUCCUGCAGAUCCUGCCAACAGUUUCACAGAAUAUAUGGUGCGGUGAAGCAGGAGAGAGGUUGUCAAGAUGGCUCAAGCACAAUCCCAAUGGAUAUAGGAUAUAAAAAGUGCCUCCAAACAAAUAAAGGAAAAUCCAAAAUGUUCCUUUUUUGGUCAUGCAUUUGUGGAAAAAAGCAUGUCAUUUUUAUAAAAACCAUCAGAC